GAUCUCAGAAACAUAGGCUGACUUAAAGCAAACAUUUAGUACAAAGUAAGCGUCUAUUUUGUGGGUGUGGAUGUGCAUACGCACACAUCCGUGUAUGAAACAACAGUAAAUGAAAAGGAAUGUUUUAUUUAAAUCUAGAAGAAAGGAAGUUACGGAAAAAGUAGCAGUUGUUCAACAGGAUAUUCCAUAUGCAGCAGAGAAGUAGAACUGGGAGGGGGGGAAAGUGUAUGUGUAAUUGGUGAAAAGAGCAGUGGAUUCAGCAGGUUGGUGAAUAGCAGCAUAUUAGUGCCAUUAGCAUUAAAAAGCGUUACGAACUAUUAACGUUUUGUAUAGGAGCAGCAAGAUUUUAUCUUUGAAGAAUAUGCUAUAUCUAGUUUAGACUGCUUCCUUGAACAAAUAGACAGCAGCUGCCUCAAAGAAGUUUCAGGAAGUUUCUGUUCUGUUCCCAUUCCGGAGAAUUUCAAUAAAUCGGCACAACAGUAACUAGGAAAUGAUAUAAUAUGAAUAUGAAAACAAGAUUGGUUGCAAAAACAGAAGCUUCCUUGGAUGUUAGAGUGCCCUUAUGGUGUUCUGCUCGCCUCAGUUUAGCAAUAUGGGCCUUCUUUGGAUUCUUCAUUUUGUAUGCACUUCGUGUGAAUUUAAGUGUUGCCUUAGUGGACAUGGUAGAACCAAAUACAAGCUUGAACAAGAAUAUCACCUCAAAUGUAUGCCCAGAACAUUCUUCCGCUCCCGUAGCUCCUCGUAACACCACGGGGAAAAGCUAUCCUUGGGAUGCCGAUAUGCAAGGCUGGAUUCUUGGGUCCUUUUUCUAUGGCUACAUCAUUACUCAGGUUCCUGGGGGAUAUCUGGCACGCCGAUUUGGGGCAAAGUUGCUCCUGGGAUUUGGCAUCUUGGGUACUGCUGUCUUCACCUUGUUCACACCACUAGCAGCAGAUCUAGGAGCCGGAUUCCUCAUAACAGUCAGAGUUUUGGAAGGUCUAGGAGAGGGUGUAACGUUCCCAGCCAUGCAUGCCAUGUGGUCUAAUUGGGCUCCUCCAUUAGAACGCAGUAAACUCCUUAGUAUUUCAUAUGCAGGUGCACAGCUAGGAACAGUUGUCUCACUUCCCUUGUCUGGUGUAAUAUGCUUUUAUGUAGAUUGGAGCUACGUAUUCUACAUAUUUGGUGCCUUAGGUGUGUUGUGGUUCCUCUUCUGGAUAUGUAUUGUUAGUGACACACCUGAAACUCACAAGACAAUUUCCCAAGCUGAAAAAGAAUAUAUUCUAUCUUCCCUUUCACAACAGCUCUCCACCCAAAAAUCUGUGCCUUGGAAAGCCAUGUUGAAAUCCGUUCCAGUGUGGGCCAUUGUUGUCGCACACUUUUCUUAUAAUUGGACAUUUUACACUCUCCUUACCCUGCUGCCCACAUACAUGAAGGAGAUUUUGAGAUUCGAUGUGCAGGAGAAUGGAUUCUUAUCCGCACUUCCUUAUUUUGGCUGUUGGGUUUGUAUAAUUGUGUGUGGUCAGUUUGCAGACUAUUUACGGGAAAAGAAAAACAUGUCAACAGUCUGUGUUCGCAGAACAUUUACAGUAAUAGGAAUGGUUGGGCCUGCAGUAUUCCUCUUGGCCGCUGGAUUUAUAGGUUGUAAUUAUGAAGUGGCAGUUGUAUUUUUAACCAUAUCAACGACACUUGGAGGAUUUUCCACGUCAGGUUACAGUAUCAACCAUUUGGAUAUUGCACCAUCCUAUGCCGGCAUCCUCCUUGGAAUCACAAAUUCAUUUGGUACUAUUCCAGGAAUGGUAGGACCACUUGUUGCUAAGGCUCUGACUCACAGUAAUACUAUAGAAGAAUGGCGAAACGUGUUUUAUAUUGCUUCUGCCCUUAACUUAUUUGGAGCUAUUUUCUUUGCAUUGUUCAGCAGUGGAGAAGUACAAAACUGGGCACUCAAUGGUUACCAUACACAUAGGAACUAAAGGAAUUCUGGAGAGAAUGACAAAGCAUUACAAUUACAUCACUCGGAAUGCCUUUUUAUUGAGGAUCUCUGUUAAACAGACAAAAGUGCAAUUUAAAAAAAAACAUUUACAUUUUUAAUAGGCUGGUUUUUGUAUUAAACUGGGAUCUAAUCCAACAAAUGAAUACCUUCAUUUGGUAAAUAUAUGGUGUGCCAUAUUUUAAUUAUGUUAUCUACUUUUUAAAUAUUUAUUUAUAAAAUCAAUGGAAUGAGUGAUUAUUACAAUGCCAGUAAGUUGUAAUGAAGGGAUAAUGUAUAAAAAGAAAUGCAGAAUGUUUGUGUUGCCUCAAGAGUGAAGUUUGUUAGAAUUGUUCACUUGUAUUUUUCAUGUUGCAUUAAUUUAAACAAAUGGAAAUUAAAUGUUCUUUUAAAAUGUA